UGCUGAGCAUUUUGCAACCGUACUGUAAAUAUAGAUUGUCACAAUGCUCAUAAGUAGUGUAAACUCUUAUCACUUUAUUUGUAUUUUGUGGGGAUUGCAGGAAAACUUAAGAUUUUCAAUAAAAAUACUAUGAAUGUAACUAUGACCGUUACUGUCUACAGCUGCAAUGCAACUAUAAAAAUGGCGAACUCAUUUGUUUUGUUAAAUAGUAAAAAAAUAUCAAAUUUCAUGUCCAAUUAUUGGACUACGCUGAAGUAUUAAGGUCAUUACUAGGGUCACAAAUUACACUCAUUACUUUAAUCAGUGGAAGAUGAACGAUAGUGAAGCCAUAAUUGAUCGGGCCGUGCUAUAAAAUGAGGUCCGCUGCGUUGCGCUUAGUUUCAUUGUCGAAAUUUGAAAUGUCUAAUUGUAGCCAAACAUGGAUGUGGAAGCAUGUGAUCAUACUGGUUGCCUUUGCGUGUGUGAUCACGGGCAAAAUUAUGAUCACAAAGGUUGACUAUCUGUCGAAUCCGGACUAUCUGACGAUGCAGGUACAGAUUAACAACGAAACCGAAGGCAGCACGGUCGAUGUGGACGGGAGUUUAUUCAUGGAUGUGGAGCAGGGUGUUUUCGUGAACAUAGAGCUUGACUCCAAGAUGGACGGUGAGUACAUGACGAUGAUCGGCACUAACAAGGAGCUAUGCAAUACGGAGGAAGCCGGCAUGGAUCCGGUUGUGCCACUGUUGAACGAGGAGCUGGAGAAAUUCGGUAACCUGAGCUUCAACUGUCCAUUCGACAAGGGAUACUAUCGCGUACGACAGUUCCGCAUGAGCAAUGAUCAUAUGCUGGUGAAAAUGGUACCGCCCGGGGAGUACAUCGUGAAGAUGGACCUUCAACAUCAGCAACCGAACGCAACGGAUAAGGUGCAGGUGUUCAAGCUGUCGUUCUUCUUCGAAAUUUCAUAAACCUAUCACCCGGUGUGAGAUUACUAUCUGGGAUGGUUUUUAUUUUUGUGGGACAAUGGAAUAAUAAUAUAAUAAAUGCAUAGGCUCAUGGUGCGGAAUGUGGGAUUUGGUUUCGAUUUCUUGCGGAUGUUCGAUCGGUCAGUGAAACGGAUAAAGUGGAUUAUUUAUUUUCGUUUCAUUCCUCUCAGAAUAGAGGACAGUGGUGUUUAAAACAGCUUUAAUGCGUAAAUAUAUUUCUCUAUUGAUUUCAGAGC